GGUCGAGUCAGUCUGCCCCUGGCCUGGCCCUUUGUCGGGACGCGUUUUCCAGAGCGUUUCACAGCCGAGAGCAGGUGCAGGUGGUUACCCCCCGCUGCCACCGUGACGUACACCGAUGACCGAGAAGAGAGAGCGGCCGGGCCCGCUGCGCUGGCUGAGACACCUGCUCGACCAGCUCCUGGUGCGAAUCCUUAGCCUGAGCCUCUUCCGUUCGAGCUGCGAUCCGCCGCCCUUGCAACGUUUUCCCGCAACGGAACUACCGUCUGCCGUCGCCGCCGCCAAAUACGUGCCCAUUCCGAGGGUGAAGGGACUUCCGGUAGUCGGGACACUUGUGGAUCUUAUAGCCGCCGGCGGAGCCACGCACCUUCAUAAGUACAUCGAUGCGAGGCACAAGCAGUAUGGUCCCAUUUUCCGGGAGCGCUUGGGCGGUACCCAGGAUGCAGUGUUCGUGUCGUCAGCGAAUCUCAUGCGCGGAGUCUUCCAGCACGAGGGUCAGUAUCCGCAGCAUCCGCUGCCGGAUGCCUGGACGCUGUAUAACCAGCAACAUGCCUGCCAACGGGGACUGUUCUUCAUGGAGGGCGCCGAGUGGCUGCACAACCGACGCAUACUUAAUCGACUGCUGCUCAACGGAAAUUUGAAUUGGAUGGACGUGCAUAUUGAGAGCUGUACCAGACGAAUGGUGGAUCAGUGGAAAAGACGCACUGCGGAGGCGGCGGCGAUUCCGCUAGCGGAGGGUGGUGAAAUCCGAAGCUACGAACUGCCCCUGUUGGAACAACAGCUCUACCGUUGGUCGAUAGAAGUGCUGUGCUGCAUCAUGUUUGGCACCAGCGUGCUCACCUGCCCCAAGAUCCAGUCCUCGCUGGACUACUUUACGCAGAUUGUGCACAAGGUGUUUGAGCAUAGCUCGCGACUGAUGACAUUCCCGCCUCGCUUGGCCCAGAUUUUGCGCCUGCCCAUCUGGCGGGAUUUCGAGGCCAAUGUGGAUGAGGUGCUGCGUGAGGGAGCUGCCAUAAUCGAUCACUGCAUCAGAGUGCAGGAGGACCAAAGGAGAUCGCACGAUGAGGCGCUCUACCAUCGCCUCCAGGCGGCGGAUGUGCCAGGCGAUAUGAUCAAGCGGAUAUUUGUAGACUUGGUCAUUGCAGCAGGUGACACGCUACACCUCAUACAGACCGCAUUUAGCAGUCAGUGGGCUUUGUUUGCCCUUUCAAAGGAGCCGAUGCUCCAGAAACGACUGGCCAAGGAGCGAGCUACCAAUGAUUCUCGGCUGAUGCACGGCCUGAUCAAGGAGUCCCUGCGUCUGUACCCCGUAGCUCCCUUCAUUGGCCGAUAUCUGCCGCAGGACGCGCAACUUGGCGGUCACUUUAUCGAAAAGGAUACCAUGGUGCUGCUCUCCUUAUACACGGCAGGUCGCGAUCCAUCACACUUUGAGCAGCCGGAACGUGUGCUCCCGGAGCGCUGGUGCAUUGGAGAGUCGGAGCAGGUGCAUAAGUCACACGGCAGUCUGCCUUUUGCCAUCGGCCAGCGGUCUUGCAUUGGUCGCCGUGUGGCACUCAAGCAGCUCCACUCCCUGCUGGGCCGAUGUGCCGCCCAGUUUGAGAUGAGCUGCCUCAACGAGAAACCCGUUGACAGCGUGCUCCGCAUGGUCACCGUGCCCGAUCAGACUUUGCGUUUAGCCCUUCGGCCGCGAACCGAGUGAUACAGUCAUACACGCAUAAACAUAAUCAUAGAACUAACACUAAUCGUAAUUGUAAUCGUAGUAUCUUUAGUUUUAUAAAAAUAUAUAAAUGUCACAUAUUUAGUAA